GUUAUUCGGAAUACCCUAAAUGGCUGUAGCAAAACGAAAGUAAAUACCUGUGCCAUAGUUUUGACAGGGAAACGACCUUGAAGGAUGAACGAGACAGAUAAUGAAAGGUAUGAGUCAAAAACCUACAAAACAACGCCUGGUAAAAAUGGUAUCAUCUGUAGACCUGUAAUUGUGGACAUCAGAAAGACCCACUUCGGUAGGGAACCUCAGAAGAGACCUUCAGCAUCUCGGGACAUUGAUCUACUGAAGAAGACGUUCAAUAAGUUACCUUGGUUUCAUCCAGAACCAUAUAUAAUUAAUGAUGAGAAUUCUGUUAACGAACAUGAUCCUUUGUACUCCACAGACAAUUUAAAGAAGGAAUUGAAAAACAUUGCCAGUAAUGAAGAUAUAACCAAACAUGCAGAAAUGUUCGUGUGUGUGGUGUUGGCGUUUGGAGAGUCGGGGUAUUUCUAUUUACCCAAUGAUCCAAUAAAUGACCAGAUAAGAAGUAAUAAACCUCCAAAAUUCUCUGUCAAUGAUCUGCUGUGGUUCUUUAAAGGACUCUUCUGCCCGAAUUUGAUCCUGAAGCCAAAAGUUUUCCUUAUACAGACAUGCAACCCUUUCCUUGUCAAGAAAAAUAAAGCCUUUUUUUCUGGAGAAGAAGAAGAAGAACCAUCCCGAAUACAGAGGACACCGAUAGAAGCAGACAUACUUGUCUAUCAGUCCAUAGUAUCUGGUGGAUAUACUGACAGAAUGAAACCAGAAACAAAGAGAGGCCUAGGAGAGUACAUUGACCACAUAGGAAAUACUGAUGGUCAGUCGGCCUGCCAGUUUGUGUACGCCCUCUAUAAGGAGGUCACAGCUCUCACUGACAAAGAGGGGGAGUUUGAACUGAACGAUCUUAUCCUGAAUGUAAAUAGGUCACUAGAGGACUUUAUCAAGAAGGAACAUUAUAAAUCUGAUGAACGAGACAAACCGUGGAAACAAGGACCUCCAGAGGUUCCUGUAUGUAUAGAUCAGCUGACUAAGAAACUGGUGCUAAAGACACGACAAUCAAACCCUGGCAUAUAAAACUCCCAGAAUUCCUAGUGUGUAUGGAUCAACUUACCAAAAACUUGUGGUAAAGACACAAAAAAAUGUAUUUUUACACCGAUAUAUAAACUAUAUAUCAUGACAAACAGAGCAGCUAAUGGAGUAAAUACUACUUACACUUGCCAAAUGCUACAAGAACUCAAAACAGCCCAUGACAAUCCAUUCUCAGCAAACCGAGAUGUCAAUAUUGCGUUCAGACCCCACUUUUUAUGGCUUGAUAUCUAAAUUUGACAGAUAGAGUUCUAAUCUGAAGAAAAUAUUGUAGACUUACUAUAUUCAUUUUUUAAGCUUUAUUUUUUAUUCAUAUUUAUGUUUUUUUUUUUGUUUUUUUUUUUUUUUUUUUUUUUUUUUUUUUUUAUAUGUGUAUGAAACAGUGAUAGUACUGACAACCUUUCUCAACAUAAUAUUUUUCGGAUACAAACACUAUCUUGAUAUUGUUACAUUGUGUACCAAAUAUUCCUUUUCCAUUUAUGCAACAAUUUCAUUCUAUCAGGACAAAAAGAAACUUUUUGAAAAAGCAAAGUUUAAAUUGCUCAUCAAUAGUUUGUAGUUAAUCUUUUCAUGUGUUUUUUGACAGUUUCAUGCAUUCAGAAAGGAAUAUUUGUUGUAAAGUGAUUAAAUUUGAUUUUACAGAAUUUUUUAAAUUUUUAGUAAU